AUGGCGAGGUUCCCUUUUAACUUGAAAUGCUCCGCUGUGAUUCUGAUGGUGUCCUCACUUCUGGUCGCGGUCGCCUUUGCUGUUGGGCAUGACACCUUUUAUCAGAGUUUGAAUGGGAAACCUGUGCUAAACGCCCAGCCGCUCGCGUUGAUAAAUUCAUCUUUGAAUGUAUCCAGCCAGCAGGUUUAUCUGUCUGUCGGUACAUUAUUUGCCUUCCUAGUGAAGAGUUUCCUGGGAGUGUCGGUCUCCACGGUCUUUGAUCAGUUUGUUUGGAAGUCUAUUCAAAAUAGAAGAACUCGAAUCGGUAUCAUCGACGAUCUACUCUCGCUUCUUAAGAAUGGCUUUACAGUUCUCAAUCUACAAUUAUGGAAGCGUUUCCCGAUCAGCAUGGCUCUUGCUUUAAUUUGUUGGCUUCUUCCUGUGGUGUCGGUCAUAUCGCCCGCUACCUUAAGCGUGCGUUUGGCUCCCUUCAAUGAGUAUGCGUUGAAACGAAUCCCUCGUGUCGAUUUUACGAGCGCGAAUUUUGCCAGUUUCAUUUCUGUCAGCAACCCAUUCUCAGAGCCAAGUAGGCAGAACAAGUGGCUUAGCGCGUAUAGAGGUCCUACGACAGAAAUUCAAAGGGUUGCCAAUAGUGUCGCGGCACAAGGUACAAUCCUGCCAAUAGAGCCCCCAGCUAUCAACUCGUCGUGGUUAAUGGAGUUUUAUGGUCCUGCUAUUAUCUGUGACAAAGUGGACCAGACUCUUGCCGCUUAUAUCACUCAAAAUGUCGCUCAAGCUACCAACCAAUCUCAGGCGCAUUGGACAGCAAAUCCAAGCGGGCCCGAGUACUCUUUGACUAGGUACGGAUAUCUUUCUUGGACACGAGAGUCAGAUAAUCUGACGGAUUGCACUCCUUUCGUUCAAAAUGGGGGUGAUAAGUUCACCCAACGGUUGUACGAGCUUGGUCCUAUUCCUAGGGAUCCGAAGGAUGGCGGUAGAAUAUUUUCAACUCAGAAAAAGCCUCUCAGUGAAGGAUCACCUCUAUCUCUGUUUGUCGCUGUCUUUCCGCAUGCUACGGAAAACCCCGAACAUGAUGAAGUCCUGGAGAACGUGGCCGGAGCUGUACAAGAUCCAAUUAUUUUACGCUGUAUGCUCCACAAUUCGUCGUAUCAGGCCAAUCUUACCUACGUCAAUGGUGGCCAGACAAUUCAGGUGACAGACAAGGCAGUUCUCAACGGAAUUGGCUACCUUCACGGUGCUGCCAACUUCGACGAACCUGAAGUGUCCACAAAUAAUUUGAUCGUGCACAAUUCUCGGGUCAUGGAGUCUCUGUCCUAUCAGUCUAUAAUGAACGCAUUUGUUAAUCUUUUGAUUGGUUCGAUUAGUACCAAUAUGACCCAUCUCGCGUACCCUAAAAACGGUGUUGAAGUGAACGCUGUGAAUUCGAUUAACCUGACCUCCAACGUCUUAUCAACAACAUUGAUGGAAACAGAAGAGAUGAGUAUCUUUUCAUCAGCAGCAUCUGAUCCCAAUCCCUUCAUGGAUUAUUGGAAGGGGAGAUCUGUCAAUUCUUCAAAAGAUUAUCCUCGGUUAUCAGACGCCCUUGAAGUACUUUUCGAGAACAUCACGUUUUCGCUCAUGAGCUCCGAAAUGUUCCAACCCAACUACACAGUGGAGGCAGUGCCAGACACGAAUGUGACAAUCCACUCUUACCGCAACAUCACCUACACCCGAUCGGUUCUCUGGGCCGCCUACGGCACUGCACUCGGCAUCACUGCGCUCUGUGUCACUGCAGGCAUCAUUCUGUACCUCUCAACCGACGGCUCUUAUAGCAACUACAGUGGCCUUGACCCGCUUCCAGACCACAUUGCGAACGCGGAAAUAACAACCGGCUAUAACCAACGCUAUCUGGCGACAACCUCUUCUACAACUCCUCUAGGUCAUCCUCACCGAGGACCGGCGGCCUCUAGUCAACUAUUCGAGACCACUCCGGAUAAAGGUGUUCAUAAGUGA